UAUGUAGGGUUUAAGCAUCCUUGCAGAAUGAAGAGUUUAGUUUGCAGAGUGACUGAGGAGUGAGGACUCUUAAGUCUUAACUGAAACCAACACACACUCAGACUCCAUUCUAAUGGCUUAUGGCCCUUUCUCUGUUUUACUAACCAGACGCCUCUUAAACCCUAAACCCUCUUCUUUUUCACUCUCUCAUCUUCUCACUUUCACAAAAUCAUUUUCAACCUCCCAAGAUCCUAACCCUAAACCCUCUACUCUCUCCGCCCGCCUCAGCUUCGUCUUCGACCAAAUCGACGCCAUCGAAAAAGAGCGUUCCGAAAAGAACCAAGCGCUGCAACGCAUUCGAGCCUGGCGCCAAUCCAAGAACCCUCAAUCCCCUCUAAACGACGCCGUUCCUCCCAGCUCAGAAUCAGCUAAGGAUGAAAAGCCUAAUUCCGCGGAUGCAGCUGCGGCCGAGCCGGCGGUGGCGGCGACGAAUCUGGAGGAGGUGAAGAAGGAGGUAGAAUUGGUGCACCCUUGGCCCGAAUGGAUCCAAUUGAUGGAGAGCUUGGUGCACCAGAACUACUUCGAUCACAGGAGGAAGGACGAGGAUAAAAUGGUCCAAGAUGUAGGGUUCGAUGCCCCGGGCGAUGUUGCUGACGAUUCGGAUAUUGAUUUCACUAAGGAUUUCAAAAGCGUUCAUGACGCUUGCCUCAAUUUUGGGAAAGACCGGUUCGACAUCUUGAGGUCCUUGUCAAGGCAAGAUAUUCAGGUUUUGGUUGGUUUUGGUUGCCCCAAUGUGGACAAGAAGGUGGUUUUCUCUGCAAAACUUCUAAGGAAGCAUGCUCACCUUGAUGAAGGAGAUGUCUGUAGUUCCUGCAGUUUGAGAAACAACUGUGAUAGAGCAUAUCUGCUAACAAACAAAGAGGAUGAUGCACGGACUCUUGAUGUCAUGCGGAUCCUACUGUCUUUCGGUUUUGAUCCUGUAAAUGGACCAGUCACAAAUAAGUCACUUCUAAAGCAGAAGUCUGUCAAAACUGUGGUUCGGAAAUUGCUUCAUGAGGUUGUUAAGUUGAGCUCCGUUCCUAUUGAUCCAAAUCUCCCUCCUCCAGUAAUUAGAAAGCCUCCUCCAAAAGUGAAACAACCUCCUCCUCCUCCAAAGAAACGUGUUGGAAGGGAUGACGUUGAGAUGAAAAAGGGGGAUUGGCUAUGUCCUAAGUGCGAUUUCAUGAAUUUUGCAAAGAAUACUAUAUGCUUACAGUGUGAUGCCAAGCGGCCAAAGAGACAGUUAUUACCAGGAGAAUGGGAAUGUCCUCAGUGCAACUUCUUAAAUUACAGAAGAAACGUGGUAUGUUUUCAUUGUGAGUGCAAACGGCCACAUGAUGAAUUUAUGGAGAGUCAAAUGCAAGAUACCAAGCUCAGUUCCAAGCCAAGGUUCAAUAAGGUCAGCCGGCCAGAGGUUUCCAAUGCUUGGAAUUUUGAUUUUGAUGACAACGAAUCAGAUGGUGCAGAUGUUGCUGCUUUUGAGUAUGCAGAUGCUAAAGCUAUAGAUGAAGAUUUCCCUUCAGAUAAUCUUGCUCGACAAGGAAAUUAUAGAGGGUGGGAAGGUGAUUUCGGAAAAAACAACAGAGUGCAGGGGUCUCAUGAUGAAGAAUAUGCUAAUCCUGGAGCUCUUAAACCCGGAGUAGGGUUUGAUGAUUUUGAGGAUGAAGAUGACGAUGAUAUAGAUAGCUAUGAGCUAGAAUCCAAAACUCAUAGUAGUAGUACAAGAGUGCAACCAUCUAGAAAUCACUUUUCUGAAGUCGAAGGCUCAUCGGAUUUAGAUGAUGUUGAAGACACAUAUGAUAAGAAGCAUGCACGUAACAGAACAGGUUCCAAAAGAAAUAUGAGAUCGAGAGAUCCAUUCUCUGGUUCUGAGGAUGAUGAACUUGAUUUGGAUACAGAACAACGGGCCAUUCAUUCCAAUUUUAAAUCUAGCCAUGCUUAUAGUGCCAACCAGAAAAGAAAGGGCAGAGGUCCAACUAAGAAAUUAAGCUUUGGUUCUGAUUCUGAUGAAGAUGAUGUUGGUGCUGGUGGUUUAUUCUCUGAUGACGAUGAUGACUUAAAUGAUGUGUAUUCAUCAAGAAAAAAUAAAGGGAAUAAACAUGAUUCAUCCAGACCAAAUAAAGGAACUAGGCCUGAUUCUGGGAAAAGGAGCUUUACUGAAUACAGGAAGUCUGGAUCUACUGGCGGUCGCAGUCAAAAUAAGUUCCGGGAUGAUUAUGGUGGGUCGUCCCAACAUUCUUAUAGGAAUGGUAGAGGCUCACAGGGAAAUGACCGUAGUUGGAAAAAAUUUGAAGAUUUUGAUAAAUCUACUUCCUACGGAAAUGGUAGAGGGAAGUCGUUUGGUAAUGGUAGAGGGUCUCAAGGUAGUGACCGAAAUUCACGGAGGUUUGAAGAUAGAGGGUCUCGAGGUAGUGACCGAAAUUCACGGAGGUUUGAAGACAGGGGACGUAGCGCAGGACAGUUCAAUAAAUAUGGUAUGGAUGAGAAGGAUUUUGGCGAAUUUAAAAAUAGUAGGCGUGUGAUUGAAAGAUAGCACCGGUAGCUUCAGGAACAAAAUUUUUGGACUGGGUUCAUUGUUGCACAUAACUGCUGCCGAUCACAAGGGUUAAUCUUUGUAAAAGCAUGAAUAAAUUCAUGAGAUCAUUUCAUGUUAAAAUUUCAUGGAAACUAUCGGAAACCACAACUUUGGGAAAACAACUCCAUUCAACGUAUCUUGACCUACUCAUUGAACAUUGUUUAGUUUGUGAGUUGCCUAUCGAAGUGUCUCAAUGGCAGCCAAAUUAUCUCUGCGUGACUCCGAAUUGCUGUUUGUCAGCCAAGUUAAUCUGCUAUGCACCUCAAUUCCACCGCACCCUUGUUAUGGCAGCCUGAAAUUUUCUUUCAUGUCGUGCACUCGUGCUACAGCUACCUCCAUACAUCUUUGGGAGCUUUGUAUUUUGGCCGGGACAUCCUUGGAAGUUUCAAAUGUUAUACCCUUCAUGUAAUAAAAUCAUGUUACUUCACUGGUUCGAGUAUAGCGUGACAAAAUUUAAAAAACUUAAGUAUAUUUUAAUAUAAUUUUCACAGCAUUCUUUC